GGGGGGGGGGGGGGGCAGAGAGUACGACCAUGCUAUUGGUUGGGUUCUUUCAUAUCCACUAACUAAUAGAACGAAACAGAAAAACGAGGAUAGUUUUCCCUUGGAUAGUUUUCUAUUUCUAGUUUCCCAUCCAAGGGAAAAGGAAAUCAGGGAAUUACAACAUUUUCAUCCACUCAUUCAGACAUGCUAAUAGCAGUUUACUUUUGAGUGUGUGCGUGUCUGGGCAUAUCCAUCUCAGCCUGUGGUAUACUUCUGUCCUACCUGCAAGAACACUCUGUCUUCCUGAAGCACGCUAAUUAACAGAACAGACACCACGCCCUUUGAUCUGUAAUGCGGUCUGUCUCGUUUACUAUGGAGGACUGCCAGGCUGUCAGCAAACGAACCAGGCUGCCUGCCCGUCCAAAGAGCAAUUCAGUAAACAGCCACAAUUUGACAAAACAUCUCAUAUGUCUGUCAAUAGUUAUAACCCCUGGUUUCUGUCAACAGCAUGUAACAGACUAUCCUCUGAUUGUGCCCAGUCAGCGAUGCAGUAGGAAUCCCCUGAAGCAGUUCUGUGUCCAGACUCCAGUCUCCAGACCUCGCCCCCAACCAUGGCCUCCUCUUCAGAGACCAGUUCGGACUCUGCUCCCCAGAACCAGCUUCAAGAAGUGGAUUCUGGACAGGCUCCCGAUAGAGCGGGCUCCCCAGAGGUCCUGGCUGCCAGGUACAGCCCUCCGCCGGGCACAGAGAGCCGGGCCAUCUGCAUCCCUUCGCCGUACACGGACAGCAGCCACGAGUACAGCCAGAACCAUGGAGCCAUGGCUUUCUACAGCCCUUCUGUGAUUGGCUACAGCAGGCCUUCCAUCUCCGACAGCCCCUCCCUGGGCCCGCCUCUCAGCCCCUCCCUUUUCUGGCCCAAUCACAGCAUGCCCUCGUUGACCCUGCACUGCCCCCAGUCCCAGGUUUACAGUGAACCGAGCCCACACACACCCUGGGUGGACCGAAAGAACCACAGCCUCACCUCGGACAGCCCACUCCUGAACCCAGCUAAGCUGCAGGGGAACAGAUAUGAGGACGGACAGGAAGUGGUCGGCCUCACAGCGGUGGGCAAGGCUGACAUGCACUUCUGCGCCGUGUGUCACGACUACGCAUCUGGCUACCACUACGGGGUGUGGUCCUGUGAGGGCUGCAAGGCCUUCUUCAAGAGGAGCAUCCAAGGGCACAAUGACUACAUCUGCCCAGCAACCAACCAGUGCACCAUCGACAAGAACCGACGUAAAAGCUGCCAAGCCUGCCGCCUCAGAAAGUGCUACGAAGUAGGCAUGAGGAAGUGUGGAGUGAGGCGUGACCGCUGCAGCUAUCGAGGGGCAAGGCAUCGGCGUGUGCCCCAGAUGAGGGACCCCUCAGCUGGGCUGGUGGGUGUAGGGGCUGGGUCCCAGGCCCCCAGGCUCCUGAAGGGCCCCCUGGCCCAGACGCAGAGCCAAUACUCGACCCUGAGCUCACAGCAACUCAUCUCCUGCAUCAUUGAGGCGGAACCCCCGGAGAUCUAUCUCAUGGAGGACAUGAAGAAACCCUUCACCGAGGCCAGCAUGAUGAUGUCACUCACCAACCUAGCCGACAAGGAGCUGGUGCUCAUGAUCAGCUGGGCCAAAAAGAUCCCUGGCUUUGUGGAGCUGAGUCUGGCUGACCAGGUACACCUGCUGGAGUGCUGCUGGCUGGAGGUGCUGAUGUUGGGCUUGAUGUGGAGAUCUGUGGAUCACCCUGGAAAACUCAUCUUCACACCUGACUUCAAACUCAACAGGGAAGAGGGGAGUUGUGUGGAGGGCAUCAUGGAGAUAUUUGACAUGUUGCUGGCAGCCACCUCGAGAUUCCGCGAGCUGAAACUUCAGAGAGAGGAGUACGUCUGCUUGAAGGCCAUGAUCCUCCUUAACUCCAACAUGUGUACCAGCUCUCCGGAGACCGCAGAGGAGCAGGAGAGCAGAGGUAAGCUGCUCCGUCUACUGGACUCGGUCACUGACGCCCUGGUGUGGACCAUCUCUAAGCUCGGCCUGUCCUUCCAGCAACAGUCUGCACGGCUGGCUCACCUCCUCAUGCUGUUGUCUCACAUACGUCAUGUCAGUAACAAAGGCAUGGAACACCUCUCCAGUAUGAAGAAGAAGAACGUGGUCUUGCUGUACGACCUCCUGCUGGAGAUGCUGGACGCCAACACAGCACCGAGCAGCCAAUUAACCACCGCACACAACCCAAGCCCCUACCCGACUGAGGCUACUGAAGCCCCUGCCCCGACCUCAGCCCUGGCCAAGGACCCUGGAUACCACCCCAACCAUUCUUCAGUAGUGGACACCCCAGCCCUCCACAUCCAGUCCCCGCAGCUGAUCCCCCACAGCACAGAGCUGGAGAACACAGCCAAGGCAGAGUGGGUUCUCACCAGCAUGUAACUGCAGCACGGUGAACGGGAUGAGCUGUCAAAACAACUGUAUAAACCCGGAUAGCUCUUGCGUCCACUGGGAGUGACACUGUUCCAGGGUAUUGGCUUGGCUGAGGUGGGAGAGGUGAACCUGAAUGGGGGUGUCAAGGUGGGACAUGUGAAAGAGGACAUGACAAGGUUCUUUGUGUGGACACCAAGUGGCUGCACAGACGAUGUGGAGGGGCAGUAACUUAGACUCUACCAUAUCCAUACACUGGUGGACUGGAAAAACUAAUUCGAAACUCUUUUGGAUUAAUGGUUAAUAUUACAGUUGUACCCAGUUGUAACCGUGAAUUGAAAUGUUUUUGAUUGAAUGUAUUGAUUAUUGACGUGUUGUUUGUAAUUGUGUGGUUAAUGUAGGAUGUGACACAGUAGGUAUUUGAACCUUGACCAGAAAAAAUAAUUUAAAAAUAUAUUUGUAUCUCCUGAAUCGACGUGUGUAUGCUAUCUUGGUAAAUAAUUUGUACUGUCUUACGAGGAUGAAGGUGAACGAGGUCCACGUGAACAUUUACCACAAGGACAGACUGCUGUUACCAGACACACAACAUAGAUGAGUUGAUAUGUAAUUUUGUCGGACGGUCUUUGUCCUUUGUCCGCCCCAGGGCUGUUCCCCCCCCUCGUUCCUACAACCAGAGUCAACACACGUUCAGAAGUGGCCUUGGUGGGGUGGACUCAGAAGACAGACCCAACCAGCAACUGUUUUAAAACAUGAAGGAACCGGCAUACACCCUCAGCCCCAUGGCGCUUGUGUGUCUGAUGUCUAAUGUCCUGUCAAAAGUUCUGUUAAGUGCUACUAUAAACCCCACACCAACAAAAAUGUUCAUUUGUAUCACGUGAACAUCAAGCACAAAACACAAAGUCAUGGCAAACAAUGUUUAUUGUCAAUAAAAAUUUGCAACUAUACAAUACGUCCCAUAAAUAACCGUUGAGAAAAUAAAUCAGACUGUACACA